AUGGAGGGGCCUACCGGCGCAAACCACGUGAACGGGACCGCCGAGAGGACCGAUACGACCAGGACGGGAACCAAUCCAUAUGAAACCAAUCCAGACCAUAUCCCCCGCGAUGACCCCUUCCUUGCGCAAAGCGCACAGUACGGCCGGUACACCCCGGACCUCGCCGAUUUCACCCCUCUGGACAAGCGCUGGUACCAGUCCGACCCCGAAACGAAUGUUUUUUGGCAGGAAGUUGCGCAGAGAUUUUGUACCUCAGACCAUUCGCUCAAUAUCUCGGGAUCAAGGGAGGCAUUCGCUGCAGGCAGUGUAAUCCUCCGGGUCGACCGAGAAUCUGCCGACGGCGCUGCUGCGGAGCGCUACUCGUGCGCGAACGCGAACGAAUUGUCUGCAGCACGGAAAGUCGAAGAGUCGCUUAAGGAGAUUGGAGUUGCGGUGCCAGUGAUAUACUUCUGCGGGACGAUCGAGGGUAGAAACGUGACAGUGGAAUCUCGAAUCCCUGGUGUCUCCCUGGAUGUUGCAUGGCGGUAUCUCAGCACGGAGCAGAUCGAUAUCUUCAAGAACCAGUGUCGCCAAAUCGUGCAGCACCUCGGAAUGAUUGACCCUGCCUCCGACGAACCUUCCUACGUAUGCCGCGGCCUCAAUUCGCAAAUACCACCAUCUAUUCAGGACCAAGAACGCAAAAUACUCUUCGCAGAAAAGGCCUCGGAGGAAGAGCUAAACCUCGCACACAAUGACCUCGUGCCGGCCAAUAUUAUUGUGAAGGAUGACCGCAUUGUGGGCGUGACUGGGUGGCGACAAAGCGGAUAUUUUGGCCUCGAUCGAGCCAGGAGCAUACACCGUCAAUUGAGGAAUUUGGAACAUCUCGGAAAUACGAAGGAAGGUGGUAUGACAUGGAUUGACCUCUAUGAUGAUGUUUACUAUCCCAGCAAGGCUGCGCCCUUGAUUCCAACCCGAGACACUGCUCUUCCAUCCGUGAAAACGGAGCCUACUAGCUCGCACCUGGACAAAUAUCCUAUCAGCGAUGAGCUGGAAACCAAGUCAUUGGGCCUGGAUGGGACAAGCGACUACCCGACGUCGAAAAUACUUACGGAUUUGAAGACGGGCGUUACGUCGCGUGCCUCGUCCUCUGACCGAUCAUCUCCUGCGACUUCUGUAAAGCCUACAUCGAAUAAAAAGGCAUCCUCAGCCGCUACAAAAAAGGGCAUCGCCAAGAAGCCUGCGGCCAAGAAGCGCAAGGCGAAUGAUGCAGAUGCUGACAGUAUCGACGGGCGCCGAUCGAACACCCCCGCUUCUCGAAUGAGCAAAGCUUCUGGAAAGAAACAAGGCUCUGCAUCUAUCGCCGGGUCUCCGGCACCUGACGAUAAGAAGAAGCGCGGCAAAGUUCAGGCAGCCGAUGAUGAUGACGAGGACGUCGAAGAUGAAAACGAGCUCUUUUGUAUUUGCCGGCGGCCAGAUAAUCAUACAUGGAUGAUUGGGUGCGACGGAGAAUGUGAAGACUGGUUCCAUGGCAAGUGUGUCGACAUCGAUCCACGAGACGCAGACUUGAUCGAUAAGUACAUAUGCCCGAACUGCAGUAAAUCCGAGAAAGGUUGCACAUUAUGGAAACCAAUGUGCCGUCUCCGAGAAUGUCGCAAACCGGCUCGCGUUACGCGCCAGAACCCCAGCAAGUAUUGCUCCGAUGAGCACGGCCGGGAAUUCAUGGCCCGGCAAAUCCGUCAUUUCAAGCUAGGCCCUGCUCGAAAGGGGCAAGAAGACCUGGGCAGCAUGGGUGGUAUCCUCACGCCUGGGGAUCUCAAAGCUGCCAUCCUGGGGGUAAACUCGGUGGAAGAGUUUCGUAAAUUGGGCGACCAGAUCAUCUCCACGCCUCCUGAAAGCGUCGGGGAUAGCCCGGCAUCCGAAGCCAAGAAUGAGACGAAGGCGCAAGGCGAUGAUAAGCUGUUCGAUACCCAUGCCAGUGGCGUGGAAUUCUCUGCCGACGAGGCAGCGAAACUUGAGAAGCUUCGUAAGCGACGCGAUGACCUUCUCCAUCGGAAAGAGAUGCUUGCGGCCCGAUCGACAUUUGUCGCGCUCUUGCGGCAGCGGUCGAAGGGCGUCGUUGAGAAACUCAAGCAGAAUGAGCCGAAAGGUGGAUGGAAAGAUAUCUGCGGUUUUGAUUCGCGGCUCUCGUGGUCUGAUGAGGAGUUCGAUGAGUGGCGACUGUCGGAAGCUGGCAAGAAGGCGCUUGCGGAGGGUACCGUCGAGGCCAUGGCGGCAAGUUAUCCCACCACAGCCGACGCUGAUGGGGACACUGCGAUGGACGGCGAUGAGAAGGAGGGUGAGAUAGCUUUCAUCACACGUGGCAUCUGCAUUAAGAAACGGUGCGAGAGACACAAGCAGUGGGUGAAAGUGCAGCAGCAAGACAUCGUCUUCGAAGAGAACGCGGCGGAUCAGGACCUCAGCAGGUACGAGCAGGAAGCGCGCUCCGUGGCGGAGCGAGCCAUGCUCAGGAGAUGGGCUGAGAAGGAGAACGUCCCUUCUGUUGCUGGAUAG